UAGAAAACCAAAAUAAACAAAGCUUUGCCGUUGGUUAGGAGUACUUAAAUUCAGGCUAUACGGUUAAAAGUUUAGUCGUUGGAUAGAAGUUAAAUUGUUUUAACCCUACAUAUUUUACUGCGCCAUUCUCACAUCAACCUCCAUUCUUUGCUGUGGAAAAAUCAGGGAUGGAACUGGGCAAUGCAGACCAGGAAGAGUUGGAGAAAACAGGUUUUUUUACACCAAUAACACCCUUCAAGUGCAUAUCAGCAGCAACAGAAUUUAACUCUAUCAAUGCUGGCUUGAACAAUUUUUGGUCCACAAAUAGUUCAUAUAACAGCCAAAAGAAGGAUGAGGAGGUUUCUGAUGUUAUCGGAGGGAGGAGCGAAUUUCUAAGUCGACAUUUGGAUGGUGGUUCUGAAUCUGCGACAGUGGCUCCUUCAACUCCUAUGACAAAGGCUAACCCACGAAAGAAACAAUGUGGUAGCGUAGACAUGAAUGAAAGACCACUGAAGAAACCAAGAAUGAGAAAACACACACCCAAAAUUUUUGAUGAAAGUAAGCCCAAAAAGACUCCAAAGCCUAAGAUAAAGCCUUCAAUUCCAAAAUCAGGUAACUCUAAGGUCAGUGCCAAGAUAAAGAAGAAGAUAGAAAAGGACCACGACAAAGUUUCAGUUGAUUUAUCAGGAGAUGCUUAUAUGCAAACACCUAAUAGUAAGAUUCCAGAAACUAUUCCCGGAUCGCUGGUCCUACAGGUUUCAACUCCUCAACCAGAAACUCUUGAGCAUGCUCUCUCAGCAAUAAGUCCACCAGAUUUUGAGCACGAUAAUCUUACAGAUUUUGGACAUGUUUCGAAGUCAUGUAAACGAUCUCUCCCUUUCAACUUGGAAAAUGAGAACGAUUUUUUAUCCAUAGAAGCAGCAGAAGUGAUUAGAUAUCAUGUAACUCAAAGUUACAACAAAUUCUUGACAAAUCCAUUGGACGGUUUUAAUGAGCAGGCAGUUGAUACAAAUAGCUCCAUUGGCUUAGAAGAUAAUUUAGAGGCAGAGUCCCAACCCAACCAAGGAAAUGAUCCUAGUAUCUACCAGGAUGAUCAGAGAGCCUGUCAGCAUCAUUUUCUGAAAGUUUAUGAAAGGAGGAAAACUCAAAUAGAUUUGAUGCCCUUGGCAGGAAAUGAAGCUCACGUCUACCCGAACAACCAUGGAACAAUCUCGGCUUGUCGGGAUCAUUCUGUGAAAGUUUAUAAAAGGAGGACAAUAGGAAACACUGGCGCGGUGCCUUUGGCAGGAAAUGAAACGACCUCCCAGAAUGACCAUAAAUCCCAAGAAAAAGGUGGUUCUCGGCUUGAUUUUCUGGAAAGUUACAGGACAUCAAAUAACAUUGGCACUGCUGAUUAUGCAGACAAAGGCUGGAAUCCACUGGAUACUAAUACAAAGAGCAAAGUGACUUCAAAGAGCUCUUUUACAAUUUGCAAGAGGGUUACCAGGAGGGAUUUUGAAAUUGUUAAUGGUGCUAAAAAUACAUGUUUUUCAAAUAUGAAAUCGGGGCAGAAAGGAAAAUUUAGAUCACAUUUUGUUGUAAUGGUCCUACCUAACAAGAAUCAAAUUGCAGCUGCAAUGGCUGAUAUAGAAUCUUUUGAGUGUGUGUUCAGCUUGUCCCCUAUGGUUAAGUCUCGUAGGAGGAGAUUAAUCCAUCCUAAGAGGACCAAGUCUGCUCACAGGGAAGAAUAUACAAAACUAGAACCAUUACCUUUGUCUGCUCGCAGGGAAGAAAAUACAGAACUAGGACCAAUUCUGCCCAUGAACGCCUUGACUUUGUCUCCACUAGUCACGUCCAAAAGAAAGAGAUCUAAGAAUUGCAAAAGAUCAACUGCUAUUCUAGAUCCUCUCUGCCUUAAGUCAGGUUUAAGUGCAAUCAAUGGGUUUGAAUCUUUUGUAGAUAAGUGGUCUCAAAUAAGUGCUUGCAAUGAAAUUCAGGAAUGCUCGCAACAUGAAGGUUUGUGGCCCCAAACAGAUAAAUCAGGUUGCAAUGAUAUUGAAGAGUGCCCCCAACAUGAAGAUUUAUUGCCUAGAACAAAUAAAUCAACUUGCAGUGAAAUUCAGGAAUACACACAACAUGAGAAUCUGCUGCCUAAAACAAAGCGUUCAACAAAGAUAAUCACCGUUGCAGCAAUUAUUCGGAUUUUUAAAAAAAUAAAGAUUUGUGAUACGAGAACUUAUAAAAAGAAAACAACAACCAGCAACAAUAAUGACCAGCUUGUCUUGUGGAAUCCUGAUGGUUCAAUGAUUGUUCAAAAUCCCAAAGCCAAAGAAUUGCCCAGGGUUAAUGAUGACCAGCUUUUCUUGCGGAAUCCUGAUGGUUCAAUGAUUGUUCAAAAGCGCAAAGCCAAAAAAUUGCCCAAGGUUAAUGAUGACCAGCUUGUCUUGAGGAAUCUUGAUGGUUCAAUGAUUGUUCAAAAGCGCAAAGCCAAAGAAUUGCCCAAGGUUGAUCUUGAUAGUGAAUCAGAGCGAGUGUGGGAACAACUCAUAGAAAAUGGUGGAAUUGACGAGGACCCGGAUGAAAAGAAGAAUAUAUGGUGGAAGGAACAAAGAGAAUUAUUUAAAGGAAGAGCAGACUCAUUCAUUGCCCGCAUGUGUCUCGUCUUAGGGAAAAGGACUUUUUCCCCAUGGAAAGGGUCAGUGGUAGACUCUGUGGUUGGCGUUUUCCUAACACAAAACGUGUCAGAUUAUCUUUCAAGCAAUGCCUUCAUGCUUCUUGCUUCAGCGUUCCCACUUCAAAAUAGUCGAGAAAUGACUACACAACAAGAACAAGCUCUAGCGAUUACACAUGUAUUGCCAGAUUCAGAUGAAAUUUUUGUGUCAAAUACGUCAGAAAGUAUGCAAGAAGAAAAUAUUGGAAAUCAAAAUACAUGUGGAAGUCAGUCUUCAGCCAAUUGUGGUAACCCAGAAGUGAUAAGCUUUGCUAAGAGUUGCGAUUUAGUAAAUGAAACAGGGGAUUUGCCCGACGAGAUGUCGAGAGAGAAAAAUAAAUUGCCAAAGAGAGAAUUUGAUUGGGAUAGAUUGAGGAAAGCCUAUUCUACUGGAACAUAUACUGGUUCCACUGAAAGUAACAGGGAUUCGGUUAAUUGGGAAGCUGUUAGACAUGCUGAUGUUAAAAUGAUUUUUGAACAAAUUAAAUGUCGAGGACAGGGUAAUGUUCUUGCUGCAAAAAUUAAGAAUUUUCUUAAUCGAUCGUUUGAACAUCAUGGAAGCGUUGACCUUGAGUGGUUAAGAGAUGUCCCGAAGGAGGAUGUGAAAGAAUAUUUAUUGAGUAUUUAUGGGCUUGGGCCGAAGAGCACGGAUUGCAUUCGACUUUUGUCACUUCGACAUCAUUCCUUCCCGGUUGACAUAAAUGUUGCUCGGAUAGUAGUACGUCUAGGAUGGGUCCCUUUGCAACCAUUACCUGAUGGGCUCCAAAUGCAUCUUUUGGAAAAGUUCCCCCUGGAGAGUUCCAUACAAAAGUACCUUUGGCCACGUUUAUGCGAACUUGAUGUGUCAACACUAUAUGAAUUGCAUUAUCACAUGAUCACAUUCGGAAAGGUCUUCUGUACAAAGAAAAAGCCAAACUGUGAUGCCUGCCCAUUGAGAACCGAAUGCAGGCAUUUUGCUAGUGCAUUUGCAAGUACUAGGCUUCGCCUCCCAGGACCACAACAGAAAGGAGAGGCUGACUCUAAGCAACCUGAUACAGUUGAUGACGUCCUAAACAUGUGUGUGUCGUUACCAAAUUUGCCCCAUUCUAGCGAAAGCUUCUCGCAUUCCAGCUUUCAGACUCAACAUUAUGAGCCUAUCGUAGAAAUGCCAGAAUCUCCAGAGCACAGACCUCUAGAAUUACUGGAACAAGACAUUGAAGACUUCUCUUAUGAGGCAGAGCAUGAACAGGAGAUUCCUACCAUCAAACUCAACACUAAAGCUUUUGGAGAAAAUAUUUUGAGCUUCAUUGACAAGUCCAAUAAAGACUUCAAAGAAAUUGUGUUGAGCUUUAUUGAUGAGAUCAGUAAAUUGCAAAGUGAUGAAGAAGUGUCCAAAGCCUUGGUUCUUUUGAAUCCAAAAUCUGCUGCGUGUCCUGCUCGUAAAUUGAAGACGGAGACUCGACUUAGGACUGAGCACUUAGUGUAUGAGCUUCCAGAUGAUCAUCCUCUUUUGAGUGGGUUUGAGAAACGGGAGCCUGAUGACGAUUGCCCUUACCUUCUUGCCAUCAGCCAAACAGAGCAAGUUGUGCAUAAACAGGAAAAAAAUGGAAAAGAUUCUAGCUCCAAUGAAUUAGAGAAAUGUUCGGACAAUACAAAUUACUUUCCAAAAGAUGAAAUAAUCUAUGGGACGAUUUUGAUUCCAUGUCGGACGGCAAAUAGGGGAAGUUUUCCACUGAAUGGGACUUACUUCCAGAUCAACGAGGUUUUCGCUGAUCAUGAGUCGAGCCUAAAUCCAAUUCCCGUUGCAAGAGCCUCCAUAUGGAAUUUGAGAGUGACAACUCUAUAUUGCGGAACUUCAGUUUCGUCCAUUGUAAAAGGCUUGUCAACCAUGGAUAUUCAGAAAUGUUUCUGGAAAGGUUUCAUGGUGGUAAGAGGAUAUGACAGAAAACAGAGGGCUCCUAGACCUCUCCAUGCUCGAUUUCAUAGAAAAGGAAACAUAGAGAAAUUUGAUGAUGAAUGAUACUUAGUGUUAUCGAUGAAAAAUUCAUCAUAGUUGCUCAUAAUUUUUUCAUUCUUUAACUAUUUAGAUUACAAGACAGGAUUUUCUUGUUGUACUUGUUCGAAUCAUUGUUCAUUUGGUUUAUAGUCUAAGUUCAUAAAUGAGAUUUACCCUGUCAAAGUCACAA